GGGGGGUCACAAGACACGCAGAGACACGGACCGAGUCGCACGUCGAAAAAGGCCGCAUCGCCCAGUGAGUGUGCGUGUUUUUUUUUUUUGUGUUGCUUUUUCAUUUACCGUGCAACCCCUUGUGCAAUAAUGCGCAACGGACAGCGGCGGCAUUGCGUCCGCGUUCGUGCACACUAGCGCCGCGGCUCCAGCCGGGGAAGGAUCCUGUUUACGUCGACCCCCUGUUUUUUUUUUUACUUCCAGGAGGAGGAGGAAGAGGGGGGGGAAAGAAAAAGUAAAACCCAGCAGCGAUGAGUGAGGUCAGCGGCAUAGCAUGAGUCAACCUUGGGGAUGUAAUGCAUGCAGUCAUCGUCGCGGGUCGCUCGGUUUUGUGCGGGCCUGUGCGCAGCUGCUGGCCGCGGCGGAGGAGGGUGCGAUCCUGCGGGGCUUUGAGCUGCUUUCAUGACGGGUGUUGCCCGUGAAUGAGAGAAACUCGCAGACCUCCUCAGAUCUACUCACCCCAGGCCGACGUCCUCUGGAUGGGUCACGAAGAACUUCAGAGGGGAGGAGAAGAUUAUGUUGGCUGACCCGGCCUCUGCUCACACUGAUGUCAACGUAGUUUUACGGCUUAAAUUUACUGUGGCUACCUAUUGAUUUUUUUGAUUUUCUGGAUAUAUUCAAGUGACACUCGCUGGAGGGUUAGUAGUUGGCUGGUUCGGCUUAUUCAUGCCCGUCAUGAGUGUACCAGCCCAGCAGAAACCCAGCGCCAAAAGGACGGGCAAACGCAUCACAUUUUUCAACGAACAAAGCGUAGCAAUGAAGGAGACUUCUCAGCACCCUGAAGGGUCCUACUAUGUACCAGGGGCCACUGCCUCAGACCCUGGACAGAGCGAGGCCGCAAGUACCGUGACCUCCAAUCCAGAGGGCCCUCACAUGUUCCUCAACUCCGUCAUCUUCAGCCCAGAUAAAGGUGACCAGAGCAGGGGUCACUAUCAGCAGACUGUUCCGAUGAAGUGGGCCCACCAGGAGCCCAAUCAGCAGCAGCCAUCACUGUCCCAGCAGCAGAGAGCUGCCUCCUGGAACCCCGUAAGUAACUGGGGACAAAACUUUUCAAAUUACAUGGGAGGAGUUAACAUAACAGACUCAAGGACUCAGAAUGCGUUCGCAAAGUCGAUGCACGAGACCUCGGGCAUGCAGCCGCAUCAACAGCCCGACAACAGAGCUACAGACAAGCAGCCUCUAGGGGCACCAGAUGCCUACAGGGAUGCAGUUAAGGCUCAGGGCAUGGAGUGGGAGCAGCAGCAGCAGUCCCAGGCCUUUCAGGAAUCCUUAAAACCCGGGGCACUGAACACCCAACAGUCCCACCAAGGAGGAAGCUCAGUCUUGCAGCCCUUCCAGUUGGCCUUUGGUCAGCCCAAGCAGCACCUGCCAGCUUACUACCAGUCCUUUCAGGGCAACAGGACAACCCUACCUAACCCACCUAACUACUCAACGCAGGCUAAACCCCCACACCAGUUACAGCAGCUGCAGAAGCAAGAGCAGAUACAGCGCCAGCAGCAUCACAUAAUCCAGCAACAAAUUCAGCAGCAGCAGCACCAUCAACAAAUGCAGCAGCAACAAAUCAUUCAGCAUCAACAGCAUCUGCAGCAACAUCUACAGCAGCAACAAAUACAGCACGAGCAGCAGCAACAAAAGAUACAGCAACAUCAACAGCAGCAGCAGCAAAUGCAACAACAGCAACAGCAGCAACAGCUGCAUAUUCAGCAGCAAAUGCAACAUCAGCAGUUGCAACAACAAAACCCUCAUGUGCUUGACUAUUACUCUGGUGCUCGAAAUGCACACCCGCCGCCCCAUCCACAGCCUGUGGUGGUACACUCCCAGGAGUCCUCUGCUCCCGCUCCCCCAAAGAUCCAGGAACCGGCCAUCCAGGACAUCACCCCUGAACCCCAGCAGUCGUCAGACCCCCUGCAGCCCCCUCUCCCCUCCGUGCCCCUGUCCCAAUCGCAGCCCCAGACACAGCCUCAAUCCCAAACGCAGCUUCGUAGAUCGCGGCGGCUCUCUAAGGAAGGAGGGGCGCCGUCUGACAACCCUUUUCUCUCGGUCUCUGCGGAUCAGGCGGCAACGGGGCUGCAGGUCUCUCAGAACGGGGCCCGUGACAUCCAGGCAGCCCCGACAGGCGUCAUCCAGAGCACACGCAGGAAACGUAGGGUGUCCCAGGAGGUCAACCUGGAGACUCUCGCUCAGAAGGCCUCAGAAAUGGAGUCUCUACCACCGCAUGUUGUCAAGGAGACCCACCGGCCGUGGAGUCCCACUGCCUCAGAGGGCCUGAACGCCAAGCGGCAGCGAGACGACAACCUUCUGCCGCUCGUCAUCCCCGUGUCUGUUCCGGUGCGGAGGCAGGAGCCCUCGUCCCCUGACAGAGAUGAAGCGGCCCUGGCUUCAGGCUGGCCCCCCAGGCCUUCGAACCCCCAGGACCUCGGCCGUGCAGACCACCAACCCUCGGUCAUUGUCACACGGAGACGCUCACUCAGGAACUCCUUGUCAGAGAGCUCAGAGCAGAAUGGCGGCACAGAGGGGGAGAAAGAGGAUGACGGCAAAAAGUCCAAACGGCGGCCCCGGCCUGAGCCCCUCUUCAUCCCCCCGCCGAAGCCGGGCUUAUUCAUUGCUCCGACCCCCUACUCCAGCAUCACACCUUACCAGAGCCACCUGCGCUCCCCUGUACGGCUGGCCGACAACCCCCUCACCAUGCCCCCUUACACACCUCCGCCGAUCCUCAGCCCCGUCCGCGAAGGCUCGGGCCUCUACUUCUCCACUUUCCUGUCCUCUGCUGCAGCCGGCAGCCAGGGCCUGCCGCCGCCUGCUACGCCCAAGUCGGCCACACGCAGCCUGUUACGUUCCAACAGCUGCGACAUCACACCCCCGGUUCUGUCUGCGUUUAGCGAGGCCACUCCAGUCAGCAUCGAGCCACGGAUAAAUAUUGGGUCGCGGUACCAGGCGGAGGUGCCAGAGCUGAGGCAGCGGUCAGUUGUCGAGCUCGAUCACCAUCGCGCCGAUCUGGUCUGGUCUCCGUUGAACGAGCUGCAGGAGAAACCUGAAUUCCAUGAGAAAGGUAAGAUGGAAGAUCUCAUGCACCUGGCCUGCUCCAGUGUUUUGUGUGGAGGAGGCACCAACCAGGAGUUAGCUCACCAUUGUCUGUACGAAUGCAAAGGCGACAUAAUGGCUGCUCUGUCGCUCCUGAUGCUGAGGAAUCCAAUUUUCCCCAAGUCUCAUCGUCUGUCAGACUUCCACUACUCAGGAUCCGACAGCUGGACGGCAGCUGAGCGACGCCAGUUCAACAAAGGCAUCACCGCGUACAAGAAGGAUUUCUUCAUGGUGCAGAAACAGGUGACCACGAAGACAGUAGCACAGUGUGUGGAGUUUUACUACACGUACAAGAAACACGUCAAGAUCGGCCGCAACGGGACGCUGAUGUACGGGGAGGCGGAGCCUUUGGACAGCAGGAGCACAGAGGAGGAGACGGACCAGAAGGUCUCUCACAGGCUGGAGCCCCAGCGGGAGGAGGACAGCAGGAAGUGGGAAGGGUCAGCUGACAGGAAACAGGAUGUCGGCUCCACCAGAGUGUCGCAGUCGCUGAAGCCCACCGAGAACGCCGGGACCGUCCUGAUCAUGAAAGGCCAGGAGGACGCCGGGAGGGAGAAGCCGCUGUCCCGGGUCGUCCCUCCGCCCACCUCCAAACCGCGCAACGACGACAGCGCACGCCGGACGAGCCCUGCGGCGCCCAACAAAGGCACCGCGGCUCAGGAGGGAGAGUUCCCCUGCAAGAAAUGUGGCAGGGUCUUCUACAAGGUGAAGAGCCGCAGCGCCCACAUGAAGAGCCACGCCGAGCAGGAGAAGAAGGCGGCGGCUCUGCGGCAGAAAGAGGCCGAUGAACGAGCGGCGGCGAAAGCGGCGGCCGAGGCGGCGGCCGCCCUGGCGGCUCGGCAGCACAACGGGACCCGGCAGGUGGGCGGGGACAGCACCAACGACGACUCGUCGGACAGGGACGACGAGGAUGACGAGGACUGGCAGUGAGAGGAAGGCCGCGCACUCUGACUGUUGAUUGGCUUGUUCUCUGGGAUCAGAGGAGGAAGGAUCCCUCCUGUGAACCGUUCGCAGAACAAGACGACUUCCGUUGCUCUGCACAUUCAGGGACAGAUUUCCCUCCUGCGUACGUGAUUGAGUGUGAAUGUGUGGAGUGAGUGAGAGUGUGUGUGAGUGUGUGUACUGUGUGUGUGUGUUUCUCACCAACGCCCCUUUACUCUGCUUGAAAAGCUUUUCAGGAGUUACCUCUCUUGGUCACAGGGCUCAGUCAAAUCAAAGCCAUGCCGCCCCUCUCGGCGCUGUCCUGCCCGCCACGCCCAGGCCGCGGCCUUCCUCAGCACUUUGAGUCUCGCCCCGCUUCGUUCGUCCGGCGUGAAACUUGUCCCACCUCCUCCUCCUUUUUUCCCCAACCCUUGGAUGAGCCACAGCGCGUUUGCUUGAGCUGCACCCCCGACUGUCAUCGAGUUUUGACUUUAUGAACCUUUGGAAUCUGACAGCUGGAGGCGGCGAGGCGAAAUCAGAGGAGGCUCUCGCUGUCGGUUUCUCUGCACUAAGACGGACGGACGGACGGCAUGCGCAGCCUGUCGCCUCUGUGCCGCCGCUCCUCUGCACUCGAGGCUGCCGGACGCUUCCUCAGACGCAUGACGUGCACCGAACGGGUCCCGUCUCUUCUGUGAGUUGUUCAUUUGGGCUUCAGUUCUGUGAAUCCCCCCCCCUCGUCACUUUUUACAGUUCACCGUUUGUUCCUCACGGUUGAUGCCUUGGAUGUUUUGAUAACUUUUAUCUUGAAAUGACAAUCAAUUUUACACUGUUGUUGUUGUUGUUUUUAUAUAAAUAUAUAUAUAUGCAGGUGAACGUUACUUUUUCUGCCUGUGUAGCUAUACAUGGUUAUCGUUGUUGUUUUUCGUGAAAUGUUCUUGUUGAUGAUUAUUAAUAUUAUUAUUAUUAUUAUUAUUAUUAUUAUUAUUAUUAUUAUUAUUAUUAUUAUAUUCUGUUUUUGGCUGCAAUUGAAUUGAGCGCUUUUUACCGUACAUGUCUAUAACUUUUUCUUCUUUUUUUAAAUUUUAUUUAAACAAAAAACUCAAAUAAUGCUACUUGCUGCCUGUUUGUAACUGUGGGAUUUUUUUUGGGGGGGGGAAGCCAGAUGUGAUGAAAAGGCAGAAACGUAUGUGCAAUAGAAACAAGUUGACCCCCAGUUACCAGAGCGUCCCCCUCUAUGUGUUGGAUGACUCGCUGUCAACACAGUAACUGAUGGACUCUGCAGGUCUCUAUAGAUGCACAGAAUGUGGUGGGAAAGGCAACAACAGCACAAAGUCAUUCAACAAACAAGUUUUGGAAAUAAAUAGGCAGAAGUGACUGUGUUUUUUUUUUUCUUGGUAAUAAUAAGAAUAAUUUACUGAUACAAACUGGAAAAGCAGAAACUUAAACCCAACUCAAAUCUUCAAGUUAUUUUUCCACUUCUAGAAUUCAACGUGUUCGACGUUUCCUCUCGACCACGACAGUCGAGACAGUUUUCAGAUUUUUUAAUUGUAGACACGUCCGUCAAUUUUGUCAGUAAUUUAUUCAUCAUCACAUCAGAAGAGAACGAGAGAUUGUUCACAGGAAACCAGACGAAACUGAAAUGUCACCGAGAGUCAGAACGUUCCUAUGAGACAUUUUGACCCAGAUAUCAACAUCUACUGUUUUACACAGACUGUUAAUAGUUGUAAAAAAAUACUCAACACAAUACAAACAGGCACUAAGAGAAACUUUACGUUUUACUCUCUACAGACUGUUAAGAAUCACUAAGAAAUUAGAAAUGAUGAAUUCUGCCAUUUUUUGUUAUUUUUUAUGAACCACAUAUCUACAUUUGACACUUUCUGUUGACGACAAAUAAUUUACUCACAAAAAUUGCAAACCAACAUUAAAUGCAGCAACAUUCUGCAAACCAGACGGAGGUCAGAUGUUCAACAGGAAAUUUUGAAUUCUAACUGAUGACGUUUGCUUUAGUUUUGAGAUCCAUCGACCUCCAUCAUCACUGAUAUUUCAGCCACAGUUUAAAUUUGACACCUUCCACAAACUGUUGUUAAUAAUUUACUGACAAAAAUUGAGUUAAAGUCAAUAAGCAACAGAAUUUCUAGCUGCAAACCACAAUUAAGUCAGAUUUUGUAGAUUCCUGAAAUAAUCUGAAUGCAGAGAUGUUUUAUUCGUGCUUAAAACCAGAUUCUACUUUUGUGCAAAUCACAAAGUUUACAGGUUUUUAUCGGAGAUUCGAUACGAGACGUGAAACUUAAAAUGUUCUGUUGCUUUUAAAGACUCAUAACAUCUACAACAUCUUAGUUUUUUCACUAAGCACAAAGUGUACGUUUUUGACAGUAAAUUAUUUAAUAUCAAAGAACAGAGAUAAAGAGGCAGAAGCAUCAUUUUCUUCAAAACCACACUUAAGGGAAAAAAUUCAGAUUUUCACAGUAAAGCCCUUUUGAGCAAUAUGUGACGUGUCUGAAUUUAAACAAUAUUUGUUCCAGUCUGUUAAAACCUGGACUAUGUGGGUCGGCCGUCGCUCCAGGGCCACAUGACUCUGCUAAUGUUCACGUUGAGGGAAACUUAAAUAAUUCAAUGAAAGAAAAGUGCAAAUAUAGUAACAUUAUAUAAAUACAAGUCUGCUGAGCCCUGGCGGUGGUUUGGGAAAGAAUCUAUCACAUCAAACCUUCCCUGUGUGAUAUAAAUCAGUGUCAGCUCAGUGUUUACACCAGUCACACCCACAGUGUGUAUCUAUGGUCUCCUGUUAUUCUGUCACCCUGUUGCUGAUAGCAGCCACCGAGGCGCACGAUGGAAACGCUGUGUUUUGAUUCCUCUCGCUCGCCACAUAUCUCCACGUUAAGCCCUUCGGCCCCGAGCCAGCUUCUGUUGCCGCAGCAACAAAUAGGUUAAAGGGUUAUUUUCCUUUAAAGGACAAACCACAGUGGGGAGUUGGGGGAGAAACGGCUCCAAUUACCAGUUACUCCACAAGUUAAACCUGGGUCUAUGCACAGCCUGUGUGUAUGUGUAUGUGUGUGUGUGUAUGCGUGUGUGUGACUGCUCGAGGUCAAAUGUUUAUCCGUAUGCCAGUCAAUGAGAAAAACAAGUUUUGCAGACUGUUCACGUUUGGUAAUGUUAAUUUAUAUCUCCUUUUUAUUUGGGCUCAUCUCGAGGUUCUCGCGAGGGGGUGGGGAGUUGUCAUGAAAAAAAGAAUUUCAAGCUGUUUUAAAAGUAGAAGUGACGAUGAGGCCGUGAACGUCCUCGUUUCAUCCAGAUGGUUCAUUAAGGGAAAUUUUGGGGGUCAAAGGUUUAUUUAGCUAAAAAUUAGAAGAUAUAUAUAUGGAUGAAAAUCUAUGUUGCAGACUUUCUAUGCUAUUUUCAUAUGGGGUUCACACUAUAGGGAAAAUGGAACGGAAUCUCAAGUGCUUUUUUUUUUUCUAGUGUAAUUUAUUUGUUUUGAUUUGAUUUUUACCACCUGUGUUUUUAGUAAUGAUUCAUGAAGCACUGUAUAUUAAAGUUUUAAAAUAUUCA